AUGACGGCUAUCAAUAUCUUCCGAUGUAUGUUUCUAUUGCUUGUGAUCGCAUUCGUCGGUCGUUCCACUGCCGAGCGAGUUAACUCUUCUGGGGGAAUGGUCUGGUCCACUGCGAGAGAUGAGGCGGGAUUGGCAGAAGAUUCCGGCGUGGUGAUCGGAGAGCAGGAUCAAAUCGACGGUGGAUUUUCUUCCCUGGAUGGGAUGUUACACUGGGCCAUAGGUAAUUCGGAUCCUGCGACACUGAAGGAAGCAGCUCAAGACUCACAGAAGAUGUCUCUGGAUGAGUUACAGAAGCGUCAGUUGGAGUUAAAGGAGCUGGUGGAGAAGCUGAAAAUGCCAUCAGACGCCAAGCUGAUGCAAAUAGCCGUAUCUGACUUGAACAAUUCUUCAUUGUCUCUGGAAGAUCGUCACCGUGCUUUGCAGGAGCUUUUGAUCCUCGUUGAGCCUAUCGAUAAUGCAAAUGAUUUGAGCAAAUCGGGAGGGCUUAAAGUUGUCGCAGGAGAGCUUAGUCACUCUGACUCGGAUACAAGGAAACUAGCUGCGUGGGUGCUCGGGACGGCUAGCCAAAACAACCCAUUUGUUCAAGAGCAGGUUCUUGGAACUGGGGCUUUAACAACAUUGAUAAAGAUGGUAAACUCAAGCUCUACCGAAGAAGCUGUGAAAGCACUCUUUGCUGUGUCUGCCUUGAUACGUAACAACGUAGCUGGUCAAGACAUGUUUUAUGCAGCACAUGGAUACAUUAUGCUUCAGGAUGUGAUGCGGAAUGAGAGCUUGGAUAUUAAACUGCGACGGAAAGCUGUGUUCUUAGUUGGUGAUCUGGCCGAGUGUCAAGUACAGAACACAGAGAAAUCUGAACUUCCUAUUUUCAGUGACCGUGUGUUCCUAAAGUCUGUGGUCGAUUUGAUCGCUGUGCUUGAUCUUGAUCUCCAAGAAAAGGCUCUUGAAGCAAUCAAGACUCUUCUUCAACUUAAAUCCGUAGAGCCUUCGGUUCUGAGAGACUUCUGUGGGUUGGAAGAAGCACUAGAGAGAAUGAAGCUGCAGCUGGAGGAAUCAAUGGCGGAUGAAAACAAGAGAGACUAUGCUGAAGAUGUUGAAAGCCUUCGUGGUGAAGUGGAAUUGAUCUUCCACGGAAAGCUUGGACGUGUUAUCAGUAAGAAAGCAACUCCAUCUGCUUUGAUUUAG